AUGGGAAAUGAACCGGAAAAGAUCGAGACUCGAGGAUUACUGUUAAGUGCAGCAGGCGCAUUUGGAGCGGGUCUCAUGGGUGCGAUCUGGCAUACGAAACGAAAACAAGCCAAAGAAGCAGCUGCAGAAGCAAAAGCAGCAGUUGCAACAGCAGCUACUGCUAAAACUACGACCACAAACACCACCCUGAAUACCACUACCACGACGGCAUCACCAGCAGCAACAUUGUCAAUACCUCAAUCACCAAAAUCAAACAUUCCAGAAUACACGCCACCGAAAAUGACACCUGCAGAAUACGCCGUAGCAAAACAAGAAGCACGGUUUUUCGCUUUCAAAGCACUGGGUUAUGGAUCACUCUUAGCACUCGGUGGCGCCGGUAUACUUGCUGUUGGAAUAGGCUAUUGGCUGGAUGUGAGCAACUUUAAAGAUUUCUCGGAUCGAUUAAAAGUAAUCGUACCGCGACAGACGUCGAAGUUACGCGCGCUUUUGGGUGGCAAGGAAUUUGUGAUGAAGCCUGAGGAAGAAGAAGAAUGGAAUCGGGCCGUCGAAAAUGACGAAUAA